CGCUCGUCCACCGAACGGGUAGCAUGUCCUAUCUCUGCUUAGUGUCCAUAUAGCCAUGACAGGCCACGCGUCGAAUUCCUCUCCGGCGUGCCCGCACAAGCAGCGCGUAGAGAACCAUCAAGAGGUUCCUGACGAUGAGGAAUGGAUCUUGGUGCCGCCGGAUGGAGGACGAGGAUGGUUCAUCCUGUUCGGGACCCUGCUCAUCAACAUGCUCAUACCAGGGACUGUCAAGUCCUUCGGGGUUCUCUUUGUCGAGUUCUUGGAGGUCUUCGAUGCCACUCCUCUCGUCGCCUCGUGGAUACCUGCCCUCUGCUAUUUCUUAUAUGCAUCUAUUGGCCCUCUAACCACUUACCUGUCAUUAAAGACCUCAUAUAAAACUGUUACAAUAGCUGGCGGACUCUUUGCCUCUGCUGGUUUGAUCUUGAGUUGUUUUGCAACGAGUAUAGGAUAUCUUUACUUCAGUUUUGGAAUUCUCGUCGGAUUAGGGGCAGGAUUAUCUUUUCCACCGGGUAUAUAUUUGGUCACUUCAUAUUUUGUCAAGUAUCGAGGGUUAGCCAAUGGCGUUGCUAUUUCAGGAAGUUGUAUUGGCUCGAUUAUAUUUCCUCCUUUCCUUCGUUUUCUACUUCAAACAUAUGGCUAUAGAGGAGCAGUGCUCAUUAUGGGAGGUCUGACACUCAAUGUCAUUAUUGGAGCUCUGUUUUAUGAUCCUGUCGAAAAGCACAUGAAGCAUGUUAAAAUUACCAAAGAGCCGGCCAAUGGAGAAACUGUUCCAGCUGAUAAAACUGUCAUUGAUCUUUCUCCGACUGAAGAAAAGGGAAAAGAAGCUGUUUAUAUUAUAAAGGGACCUCCGCGCGAUCAAGAAUCAGAAAUGCCCCUCCUUUCUCAGUCAAUGGGUAGUCGAAAGAUCAGCACAUCAGCAUUUAAAAAAUCUGAAUCGGCCAGGAAAAUCAGUUCAGCAUCGUUCGGUGGUCGCUUGAUGGGUAGCACUGGUCAGAUUUCGAGAAAGAUAAGCGCGUACAAUAGUCCAAUGCAGAUCGGCAGCACGGGACAGAUGGCGAGAAACUAUAGUGUUGCUUCGAACAUGUCAUCAUCUUCGUUGCGUUACAUCAGCACACAUUUUCAUGGAAGCACACUGGUCGGACUCCACCCAGAAUUCACUUCAAACGCCGAUAUCGAAAAACCAGCUAGGAAAUGGUGGUGCUGUGGCUCCGGCGGAACUGAUACAGAGAAGGAUGGAAAAGAAAAGACCGUCUCUCCGGUUUGGAAUCUUCUUAGGGAUCCUAUCUACAUAAUUAUUCUUAUUUCUAACGCAACAAAUGCUAUCGGCUAUGUAAAUUUUACUAUAUUAGUUCCAGCAUAUGCCCAGACAUUAGGUUUCGACAAGGACAUGUCAUCUUAUUUGCUGUCAAUUAUUUCGUUAACUGACCUGAUUGGUAGAAUCGGUGGAGCGACUCUAUCCGAUUGGAUUAAGUUAGAUAAGAAAGUUUAUUAUAUCGGAGGAUUUUUGGUAUCAGGGAUUUCGUUGUCAAUGCUUCCGAUAUUCACUACUUAUUCAAUGAUUUCUGCUUUAUGUGCCUUGUUCGGUCUUGCCUCUGGUACCUAUGUUGGUAUAACCGCGGUUAUUAUGGCUGAUAUAUUAGGUGAAAAGCAAUUAGCGAAUUCUUAUGGAAUAUCGCUUUUUGUCAAUGGAAUAUUACAAUUGAUCGGGCCGCCAAUAUGUGGUGUUAUUUACCAACAAAUCGGUAGUUACGGACCGGUUAUUGCAGGACUUGGAACAGUCCUGGUUGCCGGAGCUGCUGUAUGGGGUGUAGUACCAUUUUUAAAAAAGAAGCCGAAGACGUAGAUAUUAUUUGUAAAUAACAACUUUUUCCCCCUAGAAAUAAGAAAAAUGUAGGUUAAUGUAAAUAAUGUUAAACCAGUAACAUAUCGCUCAUAUGUUGAUGAUGAAAAUGUUAUUUGUACCUGUCCAAUAACUUAAUCUUUUGGCCAAGAAUCAUGAAUUGGAUAUGUGUUAUCGCAUAGAAUCAGCGUGAAAAUAAAACCUAAUUUAAAUAUGGCUCUAUUUGGAUGAGCUUUAGUGACUGUUUCAUAUUGAUACUAAAAGUCUGCAUAAGAAAUUUAGUAUGCGUGAUUAUUUUAAUUCAUUCAGAUUAUAUUUAAAAAAAGACUGUAUUGUAAAUGUCUGCAUAAUAGGUUUCAAUAUUAUGUUCAAAAGAUUUGUAGUUCCAUUAUUUGAACUAUAAUUUUUUGUAAAACUUUUGUUUUAAUAUUUCACAAUUACUUUAGUAAUUCAAUGUAUGCCAUUAUCCUUAAACAUGUUUUAUUUUUAGUAAAAAAAAAUCUAGUUUGUUGAAAUUUUGAUAUUUUCUCCCCUCAUGAUUUUAAAUUGGAUUAUUUCCUUAUUAGACAUUUAAUGUGUAAAAUUUAGCUUAUAAUUAAUUAAAGGAAGAUAUUAGCAUUGUAGGAAAAAUUAGAAAUAUUUUUGUAACGUACCUUUUUCCAAUUGUAUAUUAUCUUAGUUAUAAUUAUAGUAUUACAGCCAGAAUGCAAACAUGUUUUUCAGAAUUUUUUUUUUAAUUUCUUAAUUUGUAUGGAUUCAGAGAAAAUACAGGGUCUAGUUUUCCACUACUGUUUUUUCCUAUGUACGUGUACAUAUCACCUAUGGCCUUUAUUGCUGAUUCUGUAUAUACUACUUCUAAAUUAUUUUUUUCUUGUUUUUCUAAUACAUUUCUUAUUAUUUUAUUAAUGUAAAUUUUCAUUAGAAAUAAUAUAUUUUAGUAUUUUUUGUUUUAAUUUGUAAAGUAGUUGUAUGCUAAUUAUAGGAUGUUGCAUGGCAUUUUCCAUUUCAUGUUGUACAUUAUUUAUAUGAAUUACCAUUUUGAACUAGUCGAGUACGAUAAAGAUAAAGAAAGUAUUUUGCAGGAAUUGUAAAUAUUUGUAGGUAAUGCCAUGAGCGGUUAACGUUUAUACAACUUUGGAAUAAUAUAUUUGGCUGUCAAUUGUUUAUAUUUUGUAAUUCUGCUAGUAUAGGAAUAAUGUUUUGUGCUAAAAGUGUUAAGUUGAAUUUAAAUACUUUUUUUUUACAUAAAACUAUCCCUUACUGUAGGUGUUAAAAUAAUGUCUUGUAAUAAAUAAAAACAUUAAUGUGAUACUUAACUAAAUAAUAAUUGUGAAGUUGUAAUGUAAAUAUUCAUGUAAUUGAUACAUUCCUUCGAUCCAUUAUUACAUCUUAAU